CAACAAAGUAUAGCUUUUCAUUAUAGUUAUCACUUUUGCAAUAAAAUUAAAUUUCCUACAAAUACAAGAAAGAAGUCUACUUGUUCGUAACUGUAUAUAUAUACGGUAAGCCCACCCAACUCAAGUCCAAAUGCCAGUUCAUCUAUUGUUUGUUUGGAGUAAAAGGCAAACAUGAAAUCGGUUCUCGUCAUUUGGACUUUGCUGGCCGCAAUUUCAGUCAACAACAUCCACGGUGGUAAGCGUAAAUUCCGUCCGCUUCUAGAACCUCGCAUAUUUAGCGGCCGAACGGCAGCGAAAGGGCAAUUCCCCUAUCAGGUAUUGGUGAUCAGAGAAAAUGGUACGUUAAUAUUUAUUUGCGGAGGCUCAAUAUUAUCGCGUGAUCACAUUUUGACUGCAGCGCAUUGUGUCGACAAGGCUAAGAGAACUCCUGAGCUCUUAACCGUGUAUGCUGGUACGAUAUACUUCAUGAGUGGUGGUGUUGAAAAGCGCGUCUCACGGGUGAUCGUACAUCCAGCAUAUGUCAAUUAUAAUAAUGACAUAGCUGUAUUAAAACUGAAUAGUUCGUUAAAGUUUAACAGCGUCAUCAACUAUAUACCAUUGGCUAAAGCAAAUAUACCCGACGGUGCGCCAGUUAUUGUGAGUGGUUGGGGUCAAGUAAACAAAACCGAUAUUUCACCUGUUUUACAAUAUAAUACAGAAUAUUCGAUGAGUCGUGCACAAUGUGUCAGGCGAGUAUAUAGGUUGGGAGACGCAAUGAGGUGCAUGAGACGACCGGUGGGACAUGGCAUUUGUCAUGGCGAUUCUGGCGGUCCGGCCGCUCAUAAAGGCGAACUUGUAGGAGUCAAUUCCUAUAUCUUAGGUGAUUGUGGUCUCGGAUAUCCCGAUGUUUUCACGGAUGUGGUAGCAACAAGAGAGUGGAUAAUAAAAAAUAUGAAAUAG